UACAAAGUUUGUCAUGCUUUAGUUCCUGACAAGAUGAAGCCUCGGCUAGCAGGCUCUGGCACGUAAGUUGUAGGUCAAACAUCUGCGUGGACUCGUGCACUUUAAUAUUCAGAUCAUUGGUGGACUAACAAAUUUAAAAUAUUUACACUUUAACAGUUUUAAAGGCAAGGCAAUAAUUAAAUUGAUAUGCUAAAAUUAAAUCAAUAAUUAAAUUUGUAUAAUAAAAGUUUUAAAAAUUUAAAUCAAUUUUGAUUUGGGGACUUUGGUCACACAUAAAGAAGUAAAUAAAAGAUUAUUUUAUAAUGUAUUUAUUUAUUGAAUGGAGGUAAUUAGCACUAAGGAGUCAGAAACAUUAAGAUGAUAAUCUUGAUAUAACUGCUAUAAUAACAUAUUCUGAGGUUCGAUUUGAAAUUGCUCCGCAACGGAUAGUAAGUUGCUGGAUUUGAUAUUGACAGAUGGAAAUUAAUACUUUUCAUUUUGAUAACUUGAGAUGCUGGUUUUGACACUGAUAUUUUGAGAUGCUGGUGUUGAUAUUUGUAUACUUUAAUUGUCAGAUUUAGGAAAUGGCCUUUUACUGAUACUCCACCGUCUCCUUUGUUUUAAACAUAUUGGUUGUUACACAAAAUAACCGAUCGUACAGAUGUCUAUGCACAGUUCAUGGGCAAAAGUCCAGGUUGUUAUCGGGUGUUCCAGUCCAGGCAGUCCCUCAUUACAUUUGACGUAAAACUCGAUUAUCUCCACUAUCUUAUAACUCAUUCCACAAUUUCACUCAUGACAAAAUCGGAGGAUGGUAGGCCAGGCUGAUAAGCGCGGUGGCUCGUUGGUGCCACUCGUGGGAGCCGUUAACCAGCAUGUCCACUGGACUACUUACGUCAGCGGACAAACAAACUGGAAGAUAACUGUAGACAGAAAAAAGAGUCGUAUUCAACAAAGAAAGGGUACUUUCGUAAGGGGUGCAGGGUAAAGAGUGUGGCGAAAUUGGAACCGACUUGACACGACCGGGGGCGCGGCUGCCCACGAGCGGACCUCGAAGGUCAUUGUUGCUGCCAGGUCGAGAGCUGGCGGGUUGGGGAGGGGAGUCCCCUGUCCAAACAGAGUGCACAGUUGUUUGGACCAAAACAUGCUAGGUCAAAGUAAAAGAGUGGUGCUCAAAGAGCAAGAAAAGGGUACAAAAAGACGAGACUGGAUAAUAAACACAACUGAUUUACGGUCAUACCAGUGGAAAGGACCCCCGUUUUGAGACCAAGGACUGCCUGGCCGCAACAACCCAGAAAGAAACUGUUGGAGUUGGCCACGCUUUAGUGACUGGAACAUUUACCUAGUGAUAACUUUGCAUUCCCUGCCUGGUGGAUUUUCCCAAUUCGUUCAAAGAGCAGCCCAGAUGACGUAGGUUCGCUCUGAGUCAGGCUGCCCUGCGGCUGCAAAAAUUAAUUUGCGGGUUCGCGUCCUGGCGAAGGUGGACUAAAGGUUCGCGAAGGUGGACUAAAGGUUCGCGAAGGUGGACUAAAGGUUCGCGAAGGUGGACUAAAGGUUCGCGAAGGUGGACUAAAGGUUCGCGAAGGUGGAGCUCAGGCCCGGGUCGCGAUUCUUCGUGAGUCGCCGUUCCAAAGCUAGUGUCCGGUAAUAUUUCAGCAGUUUUAUGCUCUCCUUGUGACAGCAUACCAUGUGGCAGUACCAGUCCUGCAUGGCAUUAUUUCUAACGCUGCAUAUUGGACUUUUGAGAUUUUAAAUUCACUCUUCCCUUUCUUUUUUUUUAUUAUCAUAAUGUCUACCCGUACUUUGGGGUUACGAGAACUUAUUAUUUGGAUUCGUCCAAUGACAAUUGCCUUUAGUGGCAGACGCAGCUGAUAUCCCCCCACCCAGGGAUAGCUUUUUUUCCAGGCCUGUGUCAUUCCUAACCCUAAACCUUACCCUUACCCUAGUGUGCGUAGUGCAGACGACAGAGACGAAUGGAAGAGGAUAGUUCACAAGUCAUGUGUGGCGCCCCAUCGGUGAAAGCUUUAAGGGACAUGAUGAUGAUGAAGCAACUGUAAAACUAUAUGUUCUUUACCACUGUUAUCGUGUUAUACAAUUUGUCUUGAUUAGCCAUUUAAAAGAAAUAAAAAUGAUUGAAUUCUGAAAAAAAAAUAAGUCCUUUUCUUGAAACGUUCCUUUCUAACAGAUUCAUCUCCCCUGUCGACAAGCAGCCAUUGCCCUUCACCCAAAUCAAGACCCUCGUCCGCCCCAAUGAUUCGUUGGAGAGCAAAAAAAAUGGAGAUGACGUCAGCAUAAACUCACUGGCCGACCAGUCCAUCGGUAAGAAUCGGGGAUCCCUGAAGUUGCUGAGGCCUACCAGAUUCUCUCCUCCCCCACGACACAGCGACAACAGAUUCAACAACAUCAUCCUGACUAUACUGUUCCUUGGUGUUAUCGUCUUG